UCAGUAAAGGUCUCCGCGCAGGCGCAGUACGAUGUAAACACAGGCGCAGCGGCUGGUCAUGGUAGAUAAACUUCGUUUUUUUAGCCGAUGGAUUUUAAAACUACAAGUUUUUUUUCAAUGAGUUCGGAGUUUAUCAUGUGUGGAGAUUGCAUCGGUAUGAGGAAAGAUAAUUAACGCGUGUUUUAAACGACGAACUUCAGGUGGCUACUUUUCGCUUAUCAGCAUAAAGGCUAACGCUGUUAGCUUGUGAGUGACGACCAAGAAAGAGGGCUUAUACACUUUAGGAGACACCAUUUGGCUAUUAUGUGAAAGUAAAGUAUCUGCGAAAUUUUCAUAUAACACACAUAUAACGUGUAUGAUUUUCUCACUUGUAGCAAUGGCUAAUUUCAUCACAUAAACCCCAAUUAGCCGCCCAGUUAGUUAAGCUUGCUAAUAGCUGCCAAAUGCAAGCUACCCGCUAGCGCGAUUGUUGGACAUAGAGGGAAAUUCUUGAAGGACUUCAUCUACAUUGAUAUUUGUGGUCAUCACAUGUUGACUGAAAGCAGGAAAAGGCAACACAGUGGUGGUGAUGAGAGUGGUCACCUGGUUCCUCAAGCCAAAAGGCCGAACCAAGCUCACCCGCUUUCCCCCGAGCUGGGACGAGAUGCCUGGGACUCGGAGUGGUCCAACAGCUCCAGCAGCCUCAGCAGCCCAGAGCACGCAUCUGGCAGCUCCAGCGGUAGCCGCUGCGCCGCGGGCCCUUGCAGCCCCCUCAGCUCCGGCGAAUCAUGCGACUCGGCCGCCUCUUAUCUGCUUAUCAACCGCAUUCUGAGGGAGGCGCACUUCCAGAGCUUGCUCAGCCGCUGCCAAACGCGAGAGACGCAGCUGUGACCUUGUGAUAUUUGCUAGUCAGCUAUCAGGGAGGGGAAAAUUAUCAGCAAUAAUUUAAGAACUGGGACCAAACUAAUGCUAAAAUUGGACGGGAGCUGCCAAAAUGACGAGUUUAGGACCAGUCGCUUUGACUUGUUUAGGAUGUGUGGGUGGUUCUGCAGUCUCAGGGAGGUCGUGGUUGUGAACUUUUCUGUCCUUUUCCCCUUUCUAGUUAGAUCCAAAACACUCAUCUCCAGAGCGGCUGAUUUUAGCUUGUCCUUUCUGUUCAGUGAAGAGAACGACUACUAAACAAAAUGCACAGCACAGCAGCCCCUCCAUGUGUAUUUGUGCCUGGUAUGUCCACUGUCCAUCCGAAGAGCCGGGGGGGGCGGAGGCUCAGCCUUUUUUUGAACAGCAUUUUUCUCUUCUUCAUGAUUUUAGUUGUGUACAUGAAUGACAUUGAUUGCCACUGUUAUUGUAAAUGAUUUCAAAGUAAAAGUUUUUUUU